GAAGUUCACAAUGAACAUGUUGAGCUAUACAAUGUAGGUUUUCAACAAAGCCUGAGCUGACUGUGUGGAAGACCUUGGCAUGGACUCGGAGCCGUGCCAGCGCUGUGGCGAUAACGCUGUAUCAUUUGAUCCUUCAGGCGCUUGCUAUGUAUGCCAGAGCUGCGGCUUUGUGCCUCAUGAGCAGGGUCUUGUAUCCUACGAUGAGACCACAGCUGCACAUGGCGAGGACCAGCAGCAACACCAAGGCUACCAUGGCCAGUCAGCUGCAGCUGCCGCGUAUGCAGCGGUUGCAGGCUCCGCUGCACCCGCACCCCACGGCGGCGGAAGUGGCGGCGGCUUAUCGGCGCUGCCGUACGGCGGCGGCGGUGGAGGCGGCGUCCUGACGACGGCACUGCGGGUUCGCUCCGCUGCCGACCCCAGCGGCACCUCCCGCGCCCAUCGGCAGCGGCAGCAGCUAGACCAGCUCCAGGGGCUGGCGGCGACGUUACGACUUCCCGGACCUGUCGUACAAGUGGCCGCGGGGUUCCUUGCGCGGAUACACCAAGGCCGUGCAGCAGACGCAGCAGCAGCAGCAGCUGCCCCCAAGCCGCUCCCGCUUCCCGCCCCGCCCCCCUCCGCCACCGCCGCAGCUGCCCACGGCGCGUAUGGGAGCGACGGCACUGGCCAUGUCAACACCGGCGGUGACGGAAGCGGUGACGGGGGAGCUGCGUUCGGUUCGUACGGCGGCGGCAACAGCGCGUGUGCGGAUGGCGGCGGCGGCAGUGGCAGCGGCAUUGGCCGCCGUCAUCCAUCUGUUACUGCGGCAUCAGAGCCCCACGCUGGGGCACCACGACGGGAGAAGACGGUCCUGCAGGAGGAGGCUGCUGAGGAGGAGGAAGGCAAGGAGGAGGAGGAGGAGGGAGGUGCCGAUUAUUGGGACGAGCUUGAGGAGGCCGAUGACGAAGAUGGCAAUGCGGAGGCGGAGGAAUGCGAUAAUGGCGAGGAUGAUGCUGGUGGCUCUCGUCGGCGUGGGAAACAGCAGCAGACCCCAGCCCCGCCUGUGCUGGGCGGUGCGAGUGCGGCAGCUCGGCUGGGUGCGCUGCUGUACGUGUCCUCUCGCGCGGAGGGCGGCAGUUUGACACUGGCGGAGGUGGCCAUUGCGACGGCAACCGACAUGUUUCGGAUUGGGGAGAUGGCCAGGCGCCAGACUGCCUACCUGCGACUGUCCCUCCCAGCGGUGGAUGUAGAGCGGCUGGUGGUGCGGACCGCCCUGCAGCUGGCAGCGCACCUAGCCGGCAGGCGGGGGGAGCAGCAGGGACAGGGGGGCCAGCAGCAGGGGCAGAGCCAGGGAAGCAAGCGGAGGCGGCAGCAGCAGCAGCAGGCGGCGCCGUCGCAUGGAGCAGCAUGGCAAAGACGCCGGACAGAGCAGCAGAGACUGCUGCUGCCAGCAGCUCCGGCUGGCAGCGACGAGGAUGCCAACACCACCGCCGCCGCCCCCGCCGCCGAAGACGCGGCUGACGACGACAACUCUAACCACCCCAACCGCGUCAACCCCAUGCGGCUGGUGGUGGUAGAGGAGGGGCCCGACACCGGCAACGUCAUGGGCGGUCUGGGCCUGGGCGGAGCACCCAGUGGCCCUGGCGGCGGUGCGGGCGGUGCGGGCGGGGGCGGGGGUGCCCCCCUGGUGAGUGAGAGCGCGCUGCGGUCCUCCCCGCUGGUGCGGCUGGCAGGGCAGCUGGCGGGGUUGGCUGUACGGCGGGGCUGGCAUGAGGGGCGCUCGCCGCGAACGGUGGCGGGAGCGCUGCUGAGCAUCUGUCAGGACGCGCUGGGGGGCCCGGCGGGCAUGGUGCCGCAGGUGGUGCCGGGGGAGGGCGAUG